AUAAGAUUCAUAAAUUGUAACUAAUAAUUCAUUUAUACUUGAACGUACAUGACUAUCCUUAAGUCAUACAUAUAUGUACUUCAUUACAAUUAGAUAUAUGAGGUCAUAAUAGAAUAAUUAACAAGAAAAGAAGAAUAAUUGAGGUGCUGAUUUGAUUUGUUGUUUUCUAUAAAGACUAACUAAACAUGCACGUUAUCAUUUGUUGAGAAUGCAUAGAAUACAUUACACGUAUAAUUUAAAAUAAAACAAAGUACUCUUACACAAUAUUGGUAAAGUUAUUGUUUAAAAUGCGUGCUGUGCUUAAAACAAUAAAAGUGUUCCUUGUUUUUGUGAAACUAUUGAUAGGGAUAGUAAUAUUUGUACUUUUCUCUGUUGGAUUGGUUGUCCCCGUGUAUUAUUUAUAUUUAAGAAGGAAAUUCAGAACUGAUAAAUUGAAAAAUCUCUCGAGCAAAUUAAAGGUGGGGAUAUUUCAUCCCUACUGUAAUGCUGGAGGCGGCGGGGAAAAGGUUUUGUGGGUAGCAGUACAAGCUCUUCAAAAAAAAUAUCCCAAGGCUGAAUUUUUCAUAUAUACUGGAGAUAUAGAGGUGACUCCCAUAGAAAUCUUAAACAAAGUUAAAAAUAGAUUAAAUGUCAAUCUAGAAAAGGACGUGAAGUUUAUUUAUUUGCAUAGAAGAAAAUGGGUUGAAGCAAAUAUGUAUCCAUAUUUUACUCUGUUAGGACAAGCUUUAGGUUCUAUAUAUUUAGGAUUUGAAGCAUUGAACCAACUAAAUCCAGAUAUAUUUAUUGAAACUACUGGAUUCACUUUUGUUAUACCAAUUUUUAAAUAUAUUGGUGGUUGUAAGACAGGUUGCUACAUUCAUUAUCCAAUAAUUACUGCAGAUAUGUUAAAAAGAGUUUCCAGUAGGCAAGCUAUGUAUAAUAAUAGAGGUAUAAUAGCGAGGAGUCCAAUACUUACUAUGGCAAAAUUAAUAUAUUACCACAUAUUUGCAUGGGCCUACUCUAUGGCAGGCCAGAGCUCCGACAUCAAUAUUGUUAAUUCAACAUUUACUAUGGAACAUUUGAACACCUUAUGGAAUAGACCUAUACAUCUUGUGUAUCCGCCAUGUGAAACUGAUCACUUGAAAAACAUUCCAAAAGAUUCAGUAAGGCCUAAAAAUAUAAGAAUAAUGUCCUUAGCCCAAUUUAGACCAGAAAAAGACCAUCCGUUACAAUUACAAGCUUUGUAUGAAUUAAGAGAAAUAGUUCCUGAAGAAAUAUUUAGUAGCAUAACUCUAGUCUUAUGCGGCAGUUGUAGGAAUGCUGAUGAUAGUCGGAGAGUUAAAGAUUUAAAAGAUUUCAGCAAACACUUGAGUUUAGAAAACAAUGUGGAAUUUAAAGUGAAUGUUUCUUAUGGAGAAUUAUUGGAAGAGUUUAGAAAUUCAUGGAUAGGAAUCCAUACAAUGUUGGAUGAACAUUUUGGCAUAAGUGUAGUUGAACAGAUGGCGGCAGGACUUGUAAUGGUAGCACAUAGAUCUGGUGGACCCUUGUUGGAUAUUAUAGAAACAUCAGAAGGAUCCAGAUUGGGGUUUUUGGCUCAAACACCAGAUGAAUUUGCGCAUAUUAUUAAAUUUAUUCUACAAUUAGAUGACUCUGAAAUUAGUGAAAUUAGGGAAAAAGCUAAAGCUUCAACUGAUCGUUUUAGUAUUCAGAAAUUUAAUGAAGAAUUUCUUAGGGCAAUUGAGCCACUUUUUAAAUAAUAAUCUUGUACUUAAAACUUUCAAUCAUUAUAUACAUUCAAUCAAACCUUAGCAUUUUUUUGAUAAAAAAUUUACAGUACCUGGAAUGAAGGAAAUGGUAGCUUGAUAUGAGGACAUGAUAUCUUGAAGAGUAUUUGAUUUUAAUAUUAUAUUUUAUUUUGUGAGUGGGUACUGUUUAUAUGUCUUGAGGUUGACUGAAUGAGCUAGAUAAGAGUGACCAAUAGUAAUUUCAUUUAAGUUGUAUGUUGUAAGAGAGUUGUAUGAGUCGAAGAAGUUGUUUUCCAUUUCAAGAAGUUUGAAUUGUAAAGAGGUAAGGAGGGUAGGCCAUAUAUUAUGGUUGCUUACUUUGUAUGUGUUGCCUUUUCAUUACCAGAUAUUUCUUUGUGGCUAGGAAACCAGAAGACAUUACAUCAAGAUCCAUUAUUUUCUUUCUUUUAUUUGUGUAGAGAUAGGAUAGUCAGAGGUUACCUACUUUUUGUAGGUUGUGAGGUGUUUAAGGAGUGGGCCAUUAGAAGAAAGAAGAAAAAAUUUGUUUUUGAUAAUGUAAUUAUUCACUUCAUGUGUAGCAAGAGAGAAUUAUAGAUCGUUUCUUUUCUGUUCGUGGCUAAGAAGAAUUUUUUAUUUCAUAAAAAAAUUAAGCUUUGUGAUUCGAGUGAUAAGGAUUAGACUUGCAAAAUGCUGGACUACAGGGAGUAAAGAAAAGCCUCGGGAUUGGAGAAAUAGUAGAGAGAUAUAGAUAAGAGGAACGAUUGAUAAAGAGGACAGUUUGCUUCUUCAGGAUCAAGAAUGGAGAAUGUGCCGGAUGUGCUACAUAGAGGUCUUCUAGACGAGUAACAAGAUGGAGUAGUGGGGAUAUUAAACAAAUAACAUAUUCAGGAAGAAUGUUUAUUGAGCAGGGUUAAAGGCCCAUGAGGUGAAGGUUUGAGUAGUUUUAAGAUAUUAAUGGCGCAUGUUUUUAGGUCGGUAAAACGUCUAUUUCACACACAACGAUUUUGGACAUACUCAGUGCUUAUACAGUUUUGUUCCAUGGGAGGGCGAGUAAUUCGUGGCGCGGGUGCGACAGAGAAGGAAAGCGCCAAUGGCGAAAUUUUUUUUCUGUUAAAGGUCAAAUGCCUUUAAAUAUGUUUUUAUUACGAAUUAUCAGUUUUUUUGUUAGAAUUCUUGGUGUUGUUGUGCGUUCAUAUUACACUGUUGUCAACAAUUUAAAUUUCGCACAAAGAUUAUUAUUGCAUCAUUUUCAAAUUAAAAUGGCUGAAGAUCUAUUUAAAACCUUAAUUAAAGAAGGAGGUGUUGUUAAAAGAAAAGUUUCUGUUUUUAGCAAUAAAAUUACAAAAUUACAGGAAAGUCUUUUGAAUGAAGAAAAUAUUUCAGAACAAACUAUUAUUGAAUUAGAAGAUAGAAUCGGUCAGAUUAGUGA